AUGGCUGCCGCCCAAGUAGACAUUCCCGCGGACUGGGAUGUCAACAACAGUGCCAUUGUUCACAGCAACGAUCCGGACAAGAUUUACCGCGAAUAUGAUCAUCUCCGUAGACAGUGCCCCGUCGCACACGUUGACGCGCACGACGGGUAUUGGAUCUUGACAAAAUACGACGACGUCAAAGAAGUAGCAUCCAACAACGAAAAAUUCAUCUCCUACCUCUGCGCCGUCGUCCCCGCCGACCCCCGCGGCAUCCGUCGCCCCCUCAAAUUCGACGGCGAGAACCACAAACCCUACCGACUCGCCGUCGACCGCACCCUCAAGCCCGCCCGUCUGCGGCGCCUAGAACCCAUCAUCCGCGGGCACUGCGAACGAGAGCUGCAGGCGCUCAUCGACGUGGGCGGCGGGGACAUCUACGAGGAUUUCGCCGCCAAGUGGACCAGCUGGGUGGAGAAGGAGUGGCUGAACCUGGACGAGGAGGACAGCGCGCUGCUCGUGGAGAGUUUUAGCCCCUUUGUGUAUGCUUGGCGGACGGGGGACUGGGCUACGGUGAAGAAGUGGAGUGAGGCCUGGUACGGUAUUGCGAAUAGGGUUGUUGCAGCGAGGAAGGAGAAGCCGCUGGAUCCGGAGAUUGAUCCGGCUUCGAGCCUGCUUCUUGAACGGGAUAGUGACGGGAAUCCUCUGGACGAAGAACACAUCAUUGGGUGCAUCCGUCAGAUUGUCAUCAUCGCCAUGGUGGCCCCGACAAUCGUCAUCACAGCCAUCACCAAGCAUCUCAGCGAAGACAAGGAACUCCAAAACAAGCUCCGAAACGACCGCUCCCUUCUCCCCGCAGCCAUUGAAGAGUUUAUCCGUCUCCACGUACCGUCCCCCGAGGAGCCCAUUACCGUGGUAUACUCGGCGGCGAAUAGGGACCCUGACCAGUUCCCCGACCCUCACAAGUUCAUCCUCGGCCGCGACAACAUUAGCACCCAUCUCGGCUUCGGUAAGGGCAUCCACCGAUGUGCGGGAGCCAGUCUCGCCAGAAUGAUGAUUCGAGUGUAUCUCGAGACGAUCCUGGACAAGUGCUCGGACUGGGAUCAGGAGGGAGAGAUUGUCUACGCCAAGCUGCCGGAAGUAGGUCCUACGAGCUGUCCGUUUAAACUCUACAAGGCGUGA